CAGGGGGUUUCAAGGGGGAGUCUGGGUGGCUCACCCCGUCCGCUACCAGCGGACAGACCCCGCCAGACGCGGGCAAGACUCCGGUCGUCAGCCACCACCAUCACCGCCUCUCGCUCCCUGCUGCUGCUGCAGGAGGACUCAGCCGCUCUCUUCCCACUCAACCCGCACCUCCGGGGACAAAGUCGUUCCCAGGGAUGGCAUCGACUCUUCCACCCAAGGAUAGAUACUGGGCUGUAUGGCUCGCCUUCUUCGUCCUUGGUGUAGGAACUCUGCUGCCAUGGAACUUCUUCAUCACCGCCAACAAGUAUUUCGAGGAGCGGUUGGCCGGCGAGGUGGAGGCGCGGGGGGGCAACUCCAGCGAGGGCCCCAGGCCGCUGGCGCCGCUGCAGAGGAGUUUCAGCAACGCGAUGACGCUGUGCGCCAUGGUGCCCAUGCUCGUGUUCACCUGCCUCACGUCCUUCCUGCACGCCAGGGUGCCACAGAGAGUGCGUGUCCUCUCCGGCCUCGUCGCCAUCCUCCUCCUCUUCGUGGUCACGGCAGCCCUGGUGCGCGUCGCCUCGCUCGACUCCCGCCCGUCGCUCUUCUUCUCCAUCACCAUGGCCUGCAUCGUCCUCAUCAACUCGUUUGGCGCGGUGCUGCAGGCCAGCCUGUUUGGCCUCGUGGGGCUGCUGCCCGUGCCCUACACCACGGCGCUCAUGAGCGGCCAGGGCAUCGCCGGGGUCUUCGCCGCACUCUCCAUGAUCUCCGCCAUGAUUUGGGCACAGGAGGAGCGAGACAGCGUGUUUGGAUACUUUGUGACCGCGUGUGUGGUCACGCUGGUGGCCAUCGUGGCUUACCUGUCCCUGUCUCACCUGGCAUUUGCCAGGUAUUACCUGACCCCCUGCCGAGACCUUGAUGGAAAUCCCGGACUCAUCUCACCAGAUGAGAGGGACCGGGACGGCCUCUCCGGCGUCGGCGUCAUGAUGGUGGAGGAGCCUUCGCCCGCGAGCCGCUCCGCUCUCAAGAUGUCCGUCAUGCAGGUCUUCUUCAAGAUCUGGCCCAUGGCGAUCUGCGUGUGUCUCGUGUACACGGUGACACUCGCGGUCUUUCCAGCCGUGACGGCGGGAGUCCAAUCCUCCAGCCAGGAUCCCACGUGGCGCCGGUUCUUCGUGCCCGUGUGGUGCUUCUUGUUCUUCAACAUCCUCGACUGGGCCGGGCGAAGCGCCACGGCUGUCUUCAUGAUUUCGAGCAGCUGGCUGCCACCCGUGCUCGUGUGCGCUCGCUCGCUCUUCAUCCCGCUCUUCAUGCUGUGCAACGCGAGCCCCGACAGCCGCUCCCUCCCGGUGCUCUUCCACCACGACGCCGCCUACAUCGUCUUCAUGACCCUCUUCGCCUUCAGCAACGGAUACCUGGCCAGCCUUUUCGUGUGCUUCGGAACAAUGCGGCUGAGCGGACCCGACUCGGAGACGGCGGGGACGGUGAUGAUGUUCUUCCUCUCGCUGGGGCUCGCCCUCGGUGCUGCCUCAUCCUUCGUCUUCCGAGCAUUGCUCUGAGCAGGCAGAGGAGGAAGAGGGGCAGAGGGAGGUUUGGGCGUGGGGCCGAGGGGUGGAGGAGGAGGAAGCGAUGAAGACACCGCAGAUGCAAUGUGUACCCCAGGUCCAUUGCGUUCGGUUAAAUUAGUGAAUAUCAUAAUUAUCACACCAUAGCUUGUUCAGUAUUAUUUCAAGUAUUGCUUCAAGAGUUGAAAGCACGUUUUAAGUACCGUGUCAGCAUUACUUAGGUGUACCGAAAGGUACAUGUUAGCCUUUUCGAGAUGUCUGUUAGUCAAGCCGUGUCGUAUUCCAUUUCCUCUGAGGAUCGACCAGCUUAGUCUGAAUGCUUCGCUUACGUUUUGAAAUCCUAUUGUUUGUUUGACAUUACGCCCUCAAGCAGAUCGCUGCAGAGUGCCUUUUUUUUACAGAGUCAUUUUAAGAGCUCACCACAGGCGGAUGCUCCACAUCUGAGCCGGCGGUGCUUCCGUGAAGAGAAGCAACUGUGACCCAGGAAGAAGGGCUUGAGUGCAACAGAGCAAUCACCAUGCGAGACACCGAGCAAGACAACGGUGAACAUCUGUACCUGGACAGAUGGACGGAUGGACGAUUAGAUGACCAUCAGGGCGGACACGAAUCCGCUCGACCGAGUGUCCAGAGUCGUUGUGCCGCACCUUUGCGAGCCAACCAAAGGAUGUCAAAUAUAAAAUGUGCUCUUCUAACUUAGGCGAUGUCGGUUUUUAUAUCAUGUUGGGAAGAGAGAGGGAAACAGCUGUAAUGUGGAGCCUGGCUGCUUAACCCAUGAUCAUCGACAUUAUCAACAAGGAGAGAAACUUGCUCGCUCUGUCAUCUCACCAGCUCACAUUACCGGCUGAGCUUGAAGCAAGGCGAUUACGAGCUGGAAAAUGAAAACAUACCAAAGGACACUUGCUACCGAGCUCUGUUGAGCCACUCGCCAUUUAACGGCCAUAUGACCUUUACUCGUUCAUUCUUUCGGUAAAG